CUGUGUUUGCGAAAAAAAUAAUUAUAUAACUAAAGGAGCGUUUUCUUCCCGUUAACAUAACCACCAUGUCCUCGUUUCACCAACAAUUUACAUGGAAAGUUUUAACUGUCUACCUUUUCCUUUGUGUAAAUGUUUCACUUUGCCUCGAGAUUGAUUGUAAUCGUACUUAUACCGGAACAAUUGGUACAAAGUACCCUCUUUAUCUUAAAGAGCCCAUUCAAAAGUUUGCCGCUUUCAACUGUCAGGUUACAUUUUCAGCACUUGGGUCAACUCAUGGAGAUAUUAUUGAACUUUCAAUUCUUUCAUUUCAAGUUGGCUAUUUUCCAGUAACGAAGGAGUUUCCAGUCUGCGAAUAUGGUUAUGUAAGAAUUCAUGAGAAACAGAUCAAGAAACCUGCCAAUGUAUCAUCAUCUUCAUCUUCCCCACUUUCUGAAGCUUCAUCAUCACAACCAUCAUCAUCAUCAUCUUCUUCUUCUUCAUCAUUUUCCUCACAAGCGAUACCUUCAGUUGCAGAGAACUCAAAUGUUGGCAAAUUUUGUGGACAACUAAUGAGUCGACGAGCAACUUUUUACAGCCAAGGAAACAAUUUAACUCUGACCAUUUCAUUACAAGAGGGAAGAGCUUUUUUCAGCCAAUAUCUACCAUUGAAUAUCUACCUGACGUACAGAUUUUUACCAGUCAACUUUUUCACCUCCACAACCAUCAACCCAACCUCAGCAAUAAUCACAAGAGAAAAUAAUAAAUCACGUUCAUCAAACACUCCAGGUUCACCACCCACAGAAUCCAGAAUUAAAUUACCUGGAAUAAUAUCAUCACCAUGUAACCAAAUUUUUGAUGAUUGUCUAGAUUCCAAUAAUAAUAAUAAUAAUAAAUGUCGCCUUCUAUCACCCAAUUAUCCUGGAUUCUAUCCUAGAAAUGUAACCUGCCAUUAUCUUAUAAAACAGAAACUAAAUCAAACUCGAAAUGUAAACGGAUUAAAACCUCGAAUCACAAUUAAUCAGUCAAAUGAAUACAAAAUUUCAAUAUUUUCCGGUUCAACGUCAACUUCCACCGGUAAACAAACACGAACUGGCCUCAUAUCAGAUUGUCCAUUGGACAAGGUAAUCGUCUACGAUGGUCCAACCACGAAAUCGCCUCGUCUCCUUCAAUUCUGUGGCACUGGUAAUUUACCACCGAUAACAUCAUCAAAAGGAGAAAUGCUUUUAGUACUUAUAAGUGUUUCUGAUAAUGCUUUGUCUGAUUCACGAUUCGAGAUAGACAUUAGUAUAAAACUGACCAAGGAAGAGUCAACAUCUUUUGGGUUAUCAUCAUCUUCACCUUAUCAUUUAUCAUCAUCAUUGUCUUCAUCACCUUCAGAGCCUUUUAGUUUACCACCGUCUUCAAUAGUUAACGGUGAGAAUGGUCAACCUCGACUACCUUUAAAUAUUAAUCAAAGAUACCAAGAGCAAUCAUCUAUUAAUAAAUGUGAAUAUAUUUACAAUGGGUCAAGUGGAUCUCGAAGUGGUCAAUUUGAAGGUUCACUUCAACCAUCAACUUCACAGAAUACAAGUUGUACUUAUCAAUUUAUGUCCAUAAAUAGUUUUGAUAAAAUUUGGUUACAAUUUAUAUCUUAUUUUACUGAGGACUCUCAUCCUUGGUCAUCAGAGGAAAAAUGUGACUCUGGUGAGCUUCAGAUUACUGAAAUAGUGACCAAUGGUCAACAAUAUUUACCAUCAUUGAGAAAAAAAUCUCCCAAUGGUAAUGCAACCAUUAGAUUGAUUGGUCAUUUUUGUGAGAAAAGUUCACCCAAAAUAUGUGGCCGAGCUUCAGUUCAUAAUAUCAACAAUAAUUAUCGUUCAACGAAUCAUCUCAAGUUACCUGUUAAUCCUAAUCCAAUUGAUUCAGUUAUUAAUCCAACGGUUCCAUGCUCAUAUCCUAAAGAAUCAUAUAUUUCCAAAGGUUCUAAUCUGAUGAUUAGUCAAUUUCAACGUCGUCUUCCAGGUUUAACUUAUAUACCGACAAAAUUUACCGCUCGAUAUGAAUUUAUAGAUACUUAUGAAUCAGGUGAUCCAAUUAUUGGUACACUUUGUGAUCGUCGAUUUGAUUCAAUUAAAUCAUCUACCGGUACAAUCCGAUCAUCUCGUAACCUUUUCUUUUAUGGUCGAGGUGGAAAUCGAGAUGUUUCAUGUUCAUAUUAUUUCAAUGGUCGAGUAGGUGAAAAAUUAAUUCUCAAAAUAACUUCACUAAAAUUGACAUCAGCUUCUCAAUUGUGUCGACAAUCAACUAAUGAUCCAAUUCAAACCUAUUCUUGUAUCUCACCUUUAAAUCCAUCCUCAUCUUCAUCUCAAUCAAUUUCCACUUCACCACUUUCAACAUUAACCAAAACUAAAUCAACUUUUGGAUUAAGAGGGAAAGAUAAUCAAUUGAAACAAUCUUCAUAUUCAUCUAAAGGUUUUACUUUAACUAAAACAAGAGCUUCAGCAUCCUUAUCAUCCGUAUCAUCAUCAUCUUUAUCUUCAUCGACUUUAAGGGUUUAUGAUAGUGUGACAAAUGAGCUAUUAAGUGUCGCUUGCUUCUGUGAUUCAACCAAUUUAACAGUUAAUCUGAAAACACCAAUAAUAUUGAAUCUAAUUGGAUCACAAUCGGUCCUUAAUUUUACGAUAAUCGGUAUGAACUUUAAUCAAGAUUAUAAUGAUUUCCAUUUUGAAGGGAAAUAUGAGUUUAUUGAUAACAACUAUUGCUCAUCUCAUUCAAUUGAUUCAACCCAAACCGACCUUGAAAGUGAGGGUUCAAUUAGUUAUCAAGUGCCUUCUGACCUUGACUGGUCAACCAAUAGUCAAUUUAAAUGUCGAUGGAUUUUCAUUUGGUAUCCAAAUAAAUUUGUUUCACUUCGGUUUGAUGGAUAUCGUCCUAAAAGAGAUCAACGAUGUGAGGGGAAAAAUCGAAUAGUAAUUUAUUGGGAUUCACCAUGGAGGCCAAUGGCCACAGUCUGUGCUCGUAACAGUUCAAUUGUUCAACGAGUUGGAGGAAACGGAAAUGAUCAAGUUGAGACUAUCAACUUAUCUCUAUCAUUAAUGCAAUCAUCAUCAUCAUCAUUUGGAACAUCAUUUCCAUCCAGCCAAUCAAACAGUUCAACAUCAAUGAAGCGUCGACCAUCAUCAUCAUCAUCAUCGUCAUCAAUUUCAUCCUCAUCAUUAUCGACAUCAUGGAAUCAUAAUGAUAACAAUCAUUUAUCAUCACUAUUAUUACCUCAAGAUGUUAAUCGUUUCCAAUGGAAAUCACAAGAUAAUCUUUAUCCAUCCUCAGCUAUAUCCUUUUUCAAUUCCUCUUCCCUUAGGGUGAUCAUUGAGAUUAUCGCUGAAACACCUUCAGCUCACUUUAAUUUCCACUGGUUAACUCAUAAAAGUCCACCACCCACCCACCAGAAAGCGGAAACAAGUGAAACCUUACGAAACACUGAUUGUCUCUACAAAUGUCCAGAGCUUAACUUUUGUCUAAGCCCUGAUCUACUCUGUGAUGGAGUUAAACAUUGUCCCUCCGGUUAUGAUGAGUCAAAUGUAUUUUGCUCCUCAUCUUCACUAAUUGCUACACUUUUUUUUACUCUUAUCAUAAUGAUACUUGCAGUCGGUGGCAUAUUUUAUAGUAUUAUCCGAUCCUUACGCCGUCGAUCCUCACAGUCAACAUCGAUUCAUGAUAUUGGCUCAUGUUUACCUCCGACAACAAUUUUUGGCUCUCUAGAGGAAACUGCAAGCGGUUCAAUAGGUAGAGAGUCAAGUUCAGUUUCUUCUGGAUCAUUUUCAAAUUUUACUCAUUUAACAUCUUCAUCAACUAAUCGUCCACCCUCAUUAACAUCCAAAUAUAUGCUACCUAAUCAUCAGCUACAAUUGCAAAAUCAGCAACAUCAUCAUGGUUCCACUCUAUCAACUAUCGAUGAAUUUGAAUUUCACUCUUCCCUGGGUGGACCGCUUAUCCCCUCUGGUAAAUUGAAUACACAAUCAACAGAUUUCUCAUCACUUUUAUCGUCCAGUUCUCCCUCAUCAUCUGAACAUUCAGCGAAUCAAAGACCUUUGACACUUUCAAUAACAAACCUUAAAAAUGACUCUUACUGCGGAAAUGUGAAUUUUCAACCUUUCGAUAACCCAAAUAAUAGUCAAAAUUACACAAGUCACCAUCUGAGAAAGCAUAACAAUAAGCACACUCUCUCAUACCGGCACCUCCAUCAGCACAGCCAUUACCAGCAGUCGUCAAUCAAUACGAUUCAAUCUCCCACCAAUUCAACCUUUUCACCUCACCACAAUUCACAAACAACAUCAUUCACCUCAUCAUCGUCAACAUCAACCUCUUGAAACUUUUUGUUUAAAUUGAUGUUAUAAUAUGAUUAUAAGAAAACUUGAUUAUUGCUUUUCGACAGAUUUUAACUCAAUCAAUUGAGAUAAUUUACC